UCUCUUCCAAGAGAAAAAGAAAAUUCUAUUCAAAGAGUUCACUUUUGAAACUGUACAAAAGAACGCAAAAGAGAAAAAAAGAUGCAGAGAAAACUCCAACUUAGAUUCUUUUCUCUAGCUUUGAAGCAACCAAUACAAAACGAAAAUCACAGCAUUAUCAUUUUGUCAAGUUUCAAAUUCCAAAUCCUCCCAUCCACACCCCUUAAAUUGCUCAUCAGAUACACAACAACAGAAGUUGAGAGACAGAUCAGAGAGGGAACCUGAAAAAAUAAAAAAUGGCGACGUUGCAGAAAUUCAAGCUAUUAGCGACACAAUGUGGCGUCACCCAAAGUCCAACAAGGAGUCCAAGCUACAAGUCAUCAACCUACUCUGCGAAUGCUUCUCUCCAGCCGCAAGUCAUCAACCUGCAGUCGAGAAAUGUCAUAUCCACAGAGUUUCGCGGGCAAGUUACCUGAGAAAAAGAAGGGCGACAAGGAUUUGAGUGGUCGCACUUUGAAGGAUUUAUUUGUAUCAUCGCCGUCGUUAGAAGAAGAUGAUGAUUAUGGCAAAGUUGUUAAGGAGAAAUUUGGCGGGAAGAGUGAAAUUGUUUUAGCAUCGAAAUUUAAUGGUCGAGAUGAACCGGGUUCGCCAAGGCCUGGUUGGAUCGGAUUGAGGCAUAGGAUGUUGUUGAGGAGGGCUUGGCGUCCCAUGCUUAUGGCCAUUCCCGAGUAA